AUUAUUGUAUCCCAACUAUUUGAAUCAUUUUGGACAAAUCAAUUUAAUUUAUUUAUCUAAAUUUAAAUGACUUCAAAAAAAUUAAAAUGAAUUAGAUGAAUAAACUACAAUAGCUAAUUAAGACAAUAAUUACGAAGGAUUCACAUCCUAACAACUUAAGAUUCGUCUGAGUCAUCUUUCCAGCUGUUUUGUUUUUCAUAUUGCAAUUGUAUUUCUAUUUGAUUAUUAUUAUUUUUGUUGCUAUCUUAUUACUUUUUAAAAAAAAAAAUUAAUAAGAAGUUAUUUUUUGCAACAAGAUUUAUUAGUAUAUGGGAGCUAUAAAAAUAUUUGUAAUAUUUCUAAUAUCCAUUAAAAAUAUUUUUUAUAAUAAAUUUAUUUUCAUCUUUAUAAAAAAUCAUGCCCUUAUGAAUAAUUUCAUUGCAUUUUGAAUAACAUUUUUAAUUAUUUUAACAUUCCUCCUCCAAAAUUGAGAUGGGGAGCCAAUUGUCUAAUCACCGUUAUAGCAUUCUCCUUGCCCCCAAAAAAAUUGAGAAGUUAAUUCUUAUCUGAUUUAUUUAUACAUAUAAAUACAAAUAACAUGAUUUUAGGCCUCCAUAUUGGGAGAAUAUUUAUUUUUUGUCUUUCUUUCUGGCCCAGAUAUCCCUCCCCGCUUUCAACUUCCAGCAAAAUUGACUAUAUUUUUCAGUAGAAACCAGUAAAAUUUACUCCAGUUCUCCGGCAACAAGAUCCUACCAGUUCACCGGCGAAGAUGCCGGGUCCUGGACCACAGAUGAUGUACGCGCUCGGCUCCGGAACUGGCCUCAUGCGCUUCAGCCAUGGCCGCUUCACUCCUCAGCACUGCCUCUUCUACGCUUUGAACGCCUUUAUCGGCCCAGAUCUCUGUUCCUUUGCCGAAUGGAUGGCUUCCUUUUUUCCUCCCGGAACUGCUGGUCGACGCCUUGGCGGUUUGGCCAUGGAAUUUGUUCAUCACCCUUUCUAUUACAUUCUGGUUCUUGGAUUCCCAUUUUCGUUGUUCUAUGCUUGGCUCUCCCGCGUCCUUCUAAGCAAGGGUUUGGUUGAUACGGUUUCAGGGGUUGCUUUGAGUAGCUCUUAAUUAGAAACUAAAACAACAAAUUCGACAUAUUCAUACUGUAAAGAAUUACAUCUUUUGUGUAUGUUGAAAACUAUAUAGCCUAUAUUAG